GUCUAUUUUCGCAGAAUUUGAAAGUAAAGUAGCUGAUCGGCUCACAAUUUUAAGAAGGAAUUUUAUUUGGCUACAAGAUUCAAACAUGACUGGUAAAACUGAGUUGUCAAAACUUUGCCGAGACCAAUUUUGUAAAUGGAUAGGUCGAUCAGUGGAUUUUAAACUGGUAUACAGAGCUUCAACAGAUGGAAUGUCUCCUACGAUAUUUCAUCAGAAAUGUGACAACAAGGGACCGACCGUUGUCAUUGGUUACAAUACAGAUGGAUGUGUAUUCGGUGGAUAUACGUCAGUAGAUUGGAAACCAUGCAUCUGUGGUACUGCCCAAACCAGGCGGGACGAAAAAGCUUUUCUUUUUAGUUUGAAAUACAUGAAUAAAUACUCUCCAAGAAUCUUCCCAGUAAAGGAUCCUGAAUUGGCCAUAACAAUCUGUUCAAAUUAUACUGCUGUAUUUGGAUCUGCUGGUACUCCAGAUAUGAUGAUUCUACCUAGCCAAGUUGUAAAUAAAGAUACCAACGGAAAUUACGCUACUAAUUUUAAUCAACAGGGUUUUAAAUUCGGUACAGUAUAUGACAGUGGAGGUGUAACUAUGCAACAAGUUACUAAAGACAAUUAUAUAUUCAAGGACGUGGAAAUCUACCAAGUUAUGGAUCCAGGACGUCUAGACAAACCAUGGCGAGAUGAAGAAAAAGAUAACAAGGCUACACUGAAGGAGAUGGUAGAGGAUUACUGUCCAGUAGAAGACGCAGGAGUGAAACAAUCUCGAAUCCUAUUGGUUGGAUCAGUUGGCGCUGGGAAAUCAAGCUAUUUUAAUACCAUUAAUUCCAUAUUUAGAGGUCAUGUGACUUCCCAAGCUAAUACCGGAAGUGCUGAGCACAGUUUAACUACAAAAUAUCGCUGCCAUCAACUUCGUAACAACUCCACGUAUUUGAGCAUUCGUGUCUGUGACACACGAGGGAUGGAAGAAACCCAAGGAAUAGAUCCUUGUGAUUGGACCGCCUUGUUGGAUGGUCACGUUCCUGAUCGUUAUACGUUUGAACCAUGUUCUCCUAUCACACCAGAUAGUCCGGGAUAUAUUAAAACACCAACAGUAAACGAUAAAAUUCACUGCGUAGCUUUUGUUAUUGACAGUACUUCGGUUGAUGUUAUGAAUGAAUCAAUUCUUUCUAAAUUUAAAUUGGUGCAGAAACUAGCAAAUGAAAGAGGUAUUCCACAAGUUAUUGUGUUGACUAAAGUUGAUCAAAUCGAAUUAGAUGUAGAAGAAGAUCUGACCCAACUACUUUACUCACCUCGAGUCGCUUAUGUCGUGGAUCAAGUUGCCCAGUUGAUUGGUUUACCUAGAGGUCAUGUUUUACCUGUUAAAAAUUACGAGAAAGAAACAGAAUUAAAUGAAACAGUUGAUAGAUUUGCCUUGUUGUCAUUACAACAAAUGUUAAGAUUUGCUGAUGAUUAUAUGUAUGAAUUACUCGAUGUACUGAAUACACGCGAUACGUGCGAUACACGCGAUACACGCGAUACAUGCGAUACAUGCGAUACACGCAAUACACGUCAACCGUCACGAAAAUUGUCCAGUUAUUCUUUACUAUGGCUGUGGGUAAUAGUAAUAACUUUCCUGAUGUUUUCAAUGUAUUAUUUACAAUUACUAACCGACGCCUAUACUUUUACUGAUAUUUUCAGUUUUUUCGGCACUAUUGAUAUCAAACGCCUAUAACUUUGCUGAUACUUUCAAUUCAUUAUUAAAUAACUGCUAGAGUUAUGGCCCUUGUUUCGACAAAAGUUAUCAUCCGAUAUGUAUGGAAUUUUUAUGCAUUAUUUAGAUCACUAAAACCGUAGAUGCCUGCUGAAUUUCUGGAUGAAAUUUAUGUGCAUUAUUGAGAUCAGUAAAAUAAAGAAUCCUACUGAAUUUCAACAAUUACUUCCAGAGUUAAGGCUUUUGUUUCACUUUGUUGAACCCUGUGAACGCUCUAUAAUAAACAUAGACAGGAUUACGACAUCAGAACUCAACCCUAUCUUCCCUCUUUGGUCUACUGACCCGUCACUUAGCGAAGACUGUAGAGUAUUUGUGAAGGUCUGUGGAUUGAAGAUCCAACAUCGCUGGAUAUAUUACUGUAGAAACAUUGUGCCUUAUUUCUUACUGUAAUCCUUGUUAUGCUAUUGUUGACUGUGCAAAUUAAGAAAUAAAAUGAAAUGAAAUGGGGUUUAACGUCCUACUGUUCUGUUCCGUCUGGGCUAAUGAAGACGGGCAUACGCCAUACAGUGUUUAAGGGGCAGUGUGAAGUUGAAUGGUUUCACCAAUAACGAAUAAUGAGGGAUACGUUACCUCGUUAUUCGUUAUUCAACUUCUAGCAUGAAGCUAGCCAUCACUACAAUCAUGGUGGAUGCCAAGUAUCUCCCAGCAGCAUUAAACACAGCAAAACGACUUCUAGCCGAAAAAAAAUCCAAAUCGUUAUUCAAGCAGCCAAUAACGAGUUGUUUGUUAUUCGUUUUUCACCUCGUUAUUAGUGAUUCCCAUAUGAAUAGGGAUAUUUCAGGAUUUAAUUAGAAACGAUAACUAGACAACAACAGAAUAAUUAAAUGCAAAUAUCCCCUAGCAGUAUAAAAUUGGUUAAAUCGGUAAAUAAACCAGAUUGUUAUUCAAGCAGUGAAUAACGAGGUGGACUGGCUCGUUAUUGGGUCAGAAAAUUGAGGUUUAAUCAUUUACUUUCACUUUCGAAUUCUGAGAAAAUACACACGACAAUCAUGCAGCAUAAACAUCUUCAUAUUUCUAUUUUUCCAAGAGGGCAUAUUUUAGAAAUAUUCUCAAAAUAGGCCCACCCUAAAUUCACACCAUAGUCUUCAAAAUUAUCAAGUUCUUCUUAACUUUUGGGAAACAAUUCAACGACGAUUUUUCGAAAAUUAGCAAUUACAGAUGUAAUUACAUAGAUAACUUCAUAAACUGCCCAGAACGAUUGCAGGGUCCUGUCGCAACUGAAAGUGAAAGUUGCGGUAAUUGACCACGCAGCUAAAGUCUAAAAAAAAUUCGAUCCGACCUCACCAAGAAAUGCCCAAGUACUUGAACCCCUCUUUCCCAGCCCUGCAAUGCUGACAAAACACAUACCUUUUGUUUGGCAAACUUACAAA